UGCAGCUUUACACUUUCCCCUCCCUCCCUCUCUCUCUCUCAUUUUCAAUCUCUUUCUCCCUUUCACGUAAUUCCUUUCACGUUUUCCCCAAUGACGCGGCGGAUUUGAGGCAGCACACCAACUCGAGUCACGUUUCCGUCCCGCCCCCUCGUUCCUUCCCUCCCCUCAGUUGCCAUGGAGAGCUCUUCGGUGGCGUCGGCGUCGUCAGAGGCGGGAAGCACGCGCUCACAGGAGAUCGAAGAGCUGGAGCGAUUUAUCGACAGCUACGUGCUCGAGUAUCAAGUGCAGGGACUUCUAAACGACAAGAACGACAAUGAGAACGACAACGCUGACAAGCCGCAGUCCAACAUCUCUCAGUGGACGGAGGACUGCAGUGAUAAAAUAGAUGGCAGCUGGUCGUCCUCACGUGGAAGGGGCUUGUGCAAACUGGACGAGUGGGAACACAGCAGCAACGGAAGCACAGGUUCCAGACCCAGCUCGGGUUCUCGGCCCGGUUCCGGCUCGAGAUCAGGUAGCCAAGGACGCAACAAACAGUUCUGUGCGCCAUCCAAGAAUGGAAACAGAGACGGCUCGUUCGACAUACUGGGGACGGACAUAUGGGCUGCCAACACCAUGGAUUCGCACGGUGGUGCAACAUGGGACCUGCAGCCAGAGAAGCUGGAUUUCUCGCAGUUCCACAGGAAGCAGUACAGAGGAACACCGAAGCACCUCCCACACAUCGACCGCGAGGGGGUGAUGAAGAGUAGAUUUGAAGAUGAUGAUGGAAUUGAUCUGAAUGACAUCGAGAAGUUUCUUCCUGGCCUCCCUAUUUUCCCGCCGUUGCCCAACGAAGCCGAGAUCGCGCACACCAAAAAGCUCUUCCGGCGCCGCCGUAACGACCGCCGAGACGCCGAGUCGCCGCAGGACACGCUGACCGUGCUGCUGCCCUGCGACGGGAAACGCCAAGUGUCCAGGAGACAACAGCGCCCUGGAGGAGGUGGUGGAGGAGGAGUUGGUGGUGGUGGUGGUGGAGGGCCCAAAUCCCACAAUCCUCAGCAGCAACAGCCGCAGCAGCAUCAUCAGCAUCAUCAGCAUCAGCAGGUACCACAACAUUCCCAGCAGCAGCAACAGACAACCAAUCAAACGCACCAGUUCAUUACCGAGCUCCAGUCAGAAGGCUUCAACCCCAAGCACGGACACGGAGGGCGGGGCUACCAGAUCGGGCAGCAGGGCCGCGGGCAUCACCACGGUUACAGCCAGAACCGACGCUGGCACCAGCAGCAGAGACAGCCUGGCCCGAGGAACGCCAAAGACACGGACAACGUGAAGGAGGAGGUGAAGGAAUGUAAGACGGACAACGCCGGAGGAGACGAGAACAAGAACGAUGGGAAGACGGAGAAGGUGGAGGGAGGAAGAGUCAGUCUGCUGCAGUCGUCUAAAGAAAGGCUGAGGAGGAGGCUGAAGGAGAAGGACGACGUUCCCGUGGCGACUCCGGGUCCUCAGCGUAACCGCAUGGACAAGCUGCUGGAGAUCCUGAACAGCAUGAGGAGCAACAGCAGCGGCGUCGAGGAGCAGCUCACGUCCUUCAUGGAGGAGGCGCAGAGCUCGGCGCAGUCCGGGGAGACGCUCGUCGAGAUCGUGCACACCAUCUACGGCAAGGCCGUCCGCGACCGAGGCUUCGCCGCCACGGCCGCCAAGCUCUGCUACAAGAUGGCGCUCUUCAUGGUGGAGGGCACCAAAUUCCGCUCGCUGCUCCUCAACAUGUUACAGAGGGACUUCACGCGGCGUGAGGAGCUGCAGCAGUCAGAUGUGGAGAGCUGGCUGGGCUUCAUCACCUUCCUGUGUGAGGUCUUCAGCACCAUGAGGAGCAACACAGGAGAGCCGUUCAGGGUGCUCGUGUGCCCCAUCUACACCUGCUUACGAGAGCUGCUGGAGUCGGCGGAGGUGAAGGAAGACGCCGUGCUCUGCUGCUCGAUGGAGCUGCACAGCACAGGAUGGCUGUUGGAGGAGCAGUUGCCGGAGAUGAUGAUGGAGCUGUUAGCCGCAGUGAGGGACAAGAUGCUGAGUCCAUCCGAGUCUCCGCUCACGCGCUCGCUGCUCAUGGAGGUCAUCGAGCUGCACGCUCAUCAGUGGAGCCCCCUGGAGGCCGUCACCACGCAGUACUACAACAGAACCAUCCAGAAACUCACCGCAUGACCCAUACACACAUGUAUAUAGACACACCGGUGGAACAAAAGGGAGACCCUCAUCCCACAGUGCUCCAUGAGAAACUGACCGCAUGACCCUCAUACUUACACAAACCCACACGCACAUGAACAAACAGGUGGAGCCCCCUGGAGGCCAUCGCCACUUAGUGCUACAAGAGAUAGUGUGGUAAAAGUAACACUUAUUCAUGUGUAAGAAGGCAAGGUCUGCUUCAUGGGAUGGAUGGAUGGAUGGAUGGAUGGAUGGAUGGCAACUCGGUAGAUAAGUGGAUGGAUAAAAAAUUAAAUGGGUAACCAUUUUGAUGAAUGGAUGGAUGUAAAGAAAGACUGAUAAAUGGAUUAAUAAUUUGAGUGUAUGAAUGAGUGCAUGGAUGGAUGGAUGAAUUAGGUAAUGGAUUAAUUAUUUGAGUAUAAAAAUAAGGGCAUACCUGGAUUGAUGGAUGGAUGGAUGGAUGGAUGGAUGAAUGGAUGGAUGGAUGAGUGCAUGAAUGACUAAAUUAAUGGGAAGAUGGAUGGAUAAAUGGGUUAAAGAUUUAAGUGGAAGGUUCAUGAUUGGAUUAAUGGGUUAAUUAUUUGAAUUUAAGAAUAAGUGCAUACAUGGACGGAUGUGUAACUGAAUGGAUGAGUGGAUGAAUUAAUAAAUGGGAAAAUAGAUGGAUAGAUGAAUGACUGGACGGAUAGAUAGAAUUUGUAUAGACAAAUGGAUAAAUCCGAUAUUUAUAUAUUACUCAAACAUUGUGUGUGUGUGUGUGUGUAUGAGUGGAUAGAGGGAUGGGUGAAUGAAUAAACGAAUGGCUAAUCUGACGGAUAGAUUAGUCAACAUAUGCAUAAUUAGGUGGAUAGAGUGAAGACUGGAUGGAUGGAUGGAUGGAUGGAUGGAUGGAUAAGUGGGUGACCAAUUGUAUGACGGUAUAAAUGGCUGUGUGUAAUGAUGGAGAAACGGACGGGGCGUACGGAUAAGUCUAAUAACAUUGACGUGUAAUUGGAUGGAUGGUGGCGAUGGAAAGCAGUUGGAUAGUGCAGCUGUGACUGGGCCCUGUCCUAGGGUUCAGAGGUUAAAGGUUAACUCUAUGCAGAUCAGAGGGAAUAUGUAUGCGCUCGUCGUUCCGCAGCCGCAUGUUAAUGAUGCGCUUUCAGACAUGAAGCCAGACUGCUGUUCCAUUAGUAAACAUGCUACAUGCAUAAACAUAAGUAGCAUUGUCAGGAGCCAUGAAGAAAUAAACACACAGAAAUACGUACAUGUAAACACAUGAAGGAGCCAAUGAGCGCGCUACCUGUAUAAAGAGAGAUUUUAGCGCUAACACACAGGGGAGAGCGAUGCAAUUUUUCGCUUUCUUUUGUGCCAACCAUCCAGCCUUUCUCUCUGUCCUCAUCCCUCUCUCCAUCCCCCUCUCCAGACCUGUGUGUGUGUGAUUGUUUGGCGAAUCAUGUCCCCGGAGCACGCUGUCGCCCAUCAGCGCUGUCUAGCCGAGGUCAAGCAGACAGACUGCAGAGGGCUUAGCCUGCUUUUGUCUCUGCAGCGUGCGCACACACACACACACACACACAC